AGUUAGUGUUGUAAAUCUCUAUCACAUGAUGCUAUCUACGAUGAAUCAUACAUACUUGCCUAUUUGGUUUGGUGCUUUAGUUCUGCUAUGGAGUUUUCUUUUUUAUUUGUAUUAUGUUUUGUGGUGGAAGCAUGAGAGCUAUAAAAUAAAGCUUAUUAGAAAGCAAGGGAUCACAGGUCCUCCGCCUUCAUUGCUAUUGGGAAACUUACCAGAAAUGGAGAGAAUGAUGUCUCAAAAUCCUGAAACUCCAAAAAUAGAUGGUUCCUUGACUGUCUUACCAUAUUUCAAGCAUUGGACCAACAUCUAUGGUAAGUUAUUCAAGUUUGCAGUUGGAGGGAUACAAUUGUUAUACGUGAAUAAUCUGAGCAUUGUGAAGGAAAUUAAUAGCUUCACAUCAUUGGAGCUUGGAAAACCAGCUUACCUACGAAAUGAAAGAGGAGCUUUACUUGGUAAAGGCCUUAAUGUCACCAAUGGUGCAGUUUGGUAUCAUCAGAGAAAGACCGUUGCUCCCCCGCUCUACAUGCACAAGGUUAAGGAAAUGGUGAAUCUGAUGGUGGAGUCUAGUAGCAUACUUGUUAAAUCAUGGGAGAAGAUAAUUGAUGCAAAUGGUGAGGGUGGAAUUGUUGAUAUAGUGGUGGAUGAGCAUGUGAAAAAUUUUACUUCUCAUAUAGCCUCAAAAAUAAUAUUUGGAUCUGAUCAUCAUAAAGGAAUAAAAAUAUUUCCCAAAUGUGAAGCCCUUCUCAAGGCUAUUGGUACAACCACAACUCUUGGGAUUCCAUUUUUAAGAUUUCUUCCCAUAGAAAGAAAUAGAAAAUCAUGGGGAUUAGCAAAAGAGAUCCGUGGGAUCAUUAUGGAGAUAGCUAAGGAGAGAACUGGAUCUAUAUCUCAUCAGGACUUAUUACAAGCUAUCAUUGAAGGUUCCAAGAAUGGUGAGCUUGGGACGUUAACAGAAGAUGAGUUCAUAGGUGACAAUUGCAAAAAUAUGUUCCUUGGUGGAUACCUACCCCCUGCUCUAGCUGCAGUUUGGGGUUUAAUGUUGCUAGCUUCACAUCCUGAGUGGCAAGAUCGUGCACGGUCUGAGGUUUUAGAGGUUUGUGAGGGACAAGUACAGCUCCUAGAUUUCAAUAUUCUCAGCAAGAUGAAAGUGUUAAAAAUGGUGAUCCAAGAAGUUUUACGGCUUUAUCCAGCGGUGACAUUGGCGACAAGGGAGGCAAUGCAAGAUGUGAAACUUGGUGAUUUGCAGGUUCCAAAAGGUAUGGGCAUUUGGAUUUGGCUGCUAUCAUUGCACCGUGAUCCAGAGCUUUGGGGACCUGAUGCAGACACAUUUAAUCCUGAGAGGUUCAUAAAUGGAGUUACAGGAGCUUGCAAGUCUUCACAAGCCUAUAUACCUUUUGGCUUGGGAGCUCGAGUGUGUCCUGGGCAGAAUUUGGCUGUGAUAGAAUUGAAGGUGUUCUUUGCUGUCAUACUCUCCAAAUUCAAAUUUACAAUCUCUCCCAAUUAUCAACACUCGCCUACUUACGGUCUGCUUUUGGAGCCCGAGCAUGGUGUGAAUCUCCUUAUUCAAAAGAUAUGACUGCUACGCCUGGGUUGGCAUAAUAUGUGGUGGACUUGGUUUGCGCAAGAAGCUGUCAUAUUAGGGUACUAAAUAAAUAUGCUAAAUAAAUAUGCUUAGGUUGGGGAUAUUCUAUAGGCCUGGUUUAGUAGGCGACCCUUAAAUUUUUCCUGAUCUUAUAAUUAAUAAAUUUUUACUUAUGAGAAAAAGGUAUUUAGAAUAAAAAUAAUUUUAAAGUAAAAGCUAUCAUGUUUGUAUUAAGAGUAUUUCUCACUUGGAUUUUGAAAUAUUUCUAUCUCAUUCCUCCCAUUUUCUAA